GCUAGGAGGAAAUGGUUCCUGACUGGUUCGAUUUUGAUUUUGUCCUUGAAGUUAGCGCUAUAUAUAGAGACGCUCUUCCCCUUUCGAUUUAUCCGGAGGAAUCCUGUAUUCUUCGCUGACAUUUCCAAAGACGUUCAUCAUGAAAGUGCUGAGUCUAGUGGUCGUGGCGUUGCUGGGCGUGGUCCUGGUGCAGUCGGAUUGUCCCCCGAGCUGGAAGGAGAGUGAUAGCCAACUUGGAGGUGACAGUGAUGCCCUCAGUAAGGCGUACGCCAGCAUCGACCAAGAUCUAGACGAGUCUUCUCUUAGAGUUGUCCGCAAGGUUGAAAGCAGCAGUAAAUGCCCCGACGAGUCAGAUACUGAUGUGUAGCUUCCAGCCGCCCUCACGGCCAGGAGUAAGAGAGCUGCAGUACCCGCUGUCCCUAAAAGCUGUGAGCCGUGCCCCUCUAAACAGGUGUUCCUCAGACGCUUCUAUAAAGUCUGUUGGGUGCUGUUCUGGAACAUCCAGCAGGUGCGCUACGUCACGUGCCCCGGAAACCCGUACAGCCAGCAGUGCACGUGCCAGACUUACCGCUGCAACCGCACCCACUACGUCAGGGUGUGGUUCCUAUCGUGGUGUGCCGGUGGCGACACCCUCCCCAGCGGUUACACAGGAGGCCUCAACUACAACUACCUGUGGUUGCCCCAGGAGUGCACCUGUCGACGUUGUUGAGAUGUUUGACGUCCCUCAACAUGAUAUUCUCGUGAUGACAUGAAUACUAUAUUGAC